CUCCCACUAAGACUCUGUGUGUCUCUUCCUCUCACUCACUCCGCUCCUCCACUCUGGAUCACCUGUGCUUUACAUCCACCUGCUUUGUGCUCUGAAGCUCCCUGUGAAUCUGCAAAGGUGUGAAAGUGUGAAGCCGUAGGUCACCAUGACUUCGGCCAAGGAGCCGAACCCCCCCGUAAAAGCAGCUUUACCUCCGGACCAGGAGCUCGUGGGGAGCAACCCUCCGCAGAGGAACUGGAAAGGAAUCGCAAUCGCCCUGCUUGUCAUUCUGGUCAUCUGCUCCUUGAUCGUCACCUCCGUCAUCCUGCUCACGCCAGGUGAAGAUGACAGCCUGGCUCGCAAAAAGAAGGUAACAGUUGAAAAUAUCACCAGCGAAGCCUUCAGAGUCCAUGACCCGGGUGCCAGGUGGAUAAGCGGGGACGAGUUGCUGUACCGGACUCGAGAAGGGGAUGUAGUCAGGUUCAACGUCAAGACAAAUCAGUCAACAGUUUUAGUACAAAACAAGAAGUUUACGACGUACAAAGCCAGCAAAUAUGAACUGUCGCCUGACUUGAAGUAUGUGCUGCUCGCUUACAGCGUCGCCCCCGUUUAUCAGCAUUCAUUCACAGCAUCCUACAUCAUCUGCAGCUUGGAUACUCCUGAGACGCUGAAUCUGAGCCCCCCGGAGGUGCCUCACGUGACCCUGCAGUAUGCCGGCUGGGGUCCCAGGGGCCAGCAGCUGAUCUUCAUAUUCGAGAACGACAUCUAUUACCGGGCAGACGUGAACGGUCGAACGAUUCGCCUGGUGUCUUCAGGAAAAGAGGGAGUCGUGUUCAACGGCCUGAGCGACUGGCUCUACGAAGAGGAGAUAUUCCGGAGCUACGUUGCCCACUGGUGGUCCCCAGACGGCCGCCGGCUCGCCUACCUCACCAUCAACAACACACUGGUCCCCAAGAUGGAGAUCCCCAUCUUCACCGGGUCUCCCUAUCCGACCGGAGUGGAGUAUCGCUACCCUAAGGCCGGCGAACCAAACCCGGUGGUCUCCCUGUAUGUGGUGAACCUGAAUGGCCCGCUGCACACCAUGGAGAUGAGACGUCCGGAGGACCAGCGCUUCGGGGAACACUACAUAACCAUGGUGAAGUGGGCGACCAGCACCAAGCUGGCGGUCAACUGGCUGAACCGAGCUCAGAACAUCUCGCUGCUCACGCUAUGUGAGGUCACCACAGGGGUGUGCACAAAGAAACACGAAGACGAGAGCGAGACGUGGCUCCACCGACAGAAUGAAGCUCCUUUGUUUUCCAAGGAUGGACACAAAUUCUUCUUCACGAGAGCUAUUCCACAGGGAGGAAGGGGGAAGUUCUUCCACAUCUCCAUGUUCUCGCUGCAGCCCAACUCGAGCAGCGACCACCUCCAGUCCAUCACCUCUGGAGACUGGGAUGUGACCGAAGUGUUGGCCUAUGAUGAAGCCCGUCAGCUUGUGUACUUCUUGAGCACAGAAGAUGGUCCAAAACGAAGGCAUCUCUACAGCGCUGACACCAACGGCCAGUUCAACAGACGCUGUCUCUCCUGCACCUUCCCUGGCUGUGGCUACGUCAGUGCUGCGUUCAGCCGUGACAUGCAAUACUUCCUGCUCACCUGUAAAGGUCCUAACGUCCCCAGUGUGGCUGUGUACAGCACCAGAGACCGACUCAAGGUUCAUGUCCUGGAAGCGAACCGAGAGCUCAACGAGACCCUCAGCGCAACGCAGAUGCCAAUCGUGGAGUACAGGGACAUAGCCAUAGACGACCACACUCUCACCAUGAAGAUCCUGAAACCUGCUGGCUUCUUGGACACAGCUCACUACCCUCUGCUCCUCAUGGUGGAUGGCACGCCGGGGGAGCAGGCCAUCACGGAGCAGUACCAGGUUGACUGGUCCCUGGUCCUGAUCAGCAGCUUCAGUGUCAUCGUCAUCCAGUUUGAUGGGCGGGGCAGCGGGUUCCAUGGCUCCAACCUUCUCCACAAGGUGCACCGCCGGUUGGGACUGUGGGAGGAGAAGGACCAGCUCGAAGCGCUCAGAAUGAUGUCGAAAGAGCCCUACAUCGACAAAACUCGCAUCGGAGUUUUCGGGAAGGUCUACGGGGGGUACCUCGCCACCAUCCUACUUACCUCCGAGGACUCGGUGCUGAAAUGCGGGGCAGCACUCUCGCCCAUCACUGACUUCGAGCUGUACGCCUCCGCGUUUUCAGAGAGGUACCUGGGGUCACCGAAAGUAGACAGGAGGGCAUACGAGAUGGCAAAAUUAUCAGCUCGAACAUCUCAGUUUGCAGAGAAAAAGUAUCUCAUCAUUCAUCCCACGGCCGAUGAAAAAGUCCAUUUCCAGCACACAGCACAGUUUAUCACCCACCUCAUCAACCUUCGAGCCAAUUACAGUCUACAGAUCUACCCGGACGAGGGCCACUAUGUCCACAGCACCCGGAAUCAUCUCAGCCAGUCGCUGGUGAACUUUUUCGAGGAGUGCUUCCGGCCGCCCGAGAAGCUUCCAGAAGAUUCGCUUGAGGAGGAUGGUGAAGACGACAGCUAGGCCCUCGCCUACAACACGCUCGCACAAUAUGCAAAUCUGGCCCAUUCGUCCCCGUGACCCUCAGCCGUCCCCCAAGGCAUCCAUCCGCAGGACCGGCUUCUUCCCCGGCCCUUCUUCCUCACCUCCCUCCUCCUCCUACUCGUGUCCGACUGGCUCCAGCAUGUCAUUAUCACAGCGACUGCUUCAUGUCUCUCUUCUCGAAGUUGAACGUUAAGGACAGCAGCAUUGAGAGACGAGCGCCCGUAGACCUUCUAUAGACCCUGGUCCCGAGCGUAGCCGAGUCUGCGUAAACUUCACGGUCGAGGGUUCGAUAGCACAACACGUUCAUACGAGCGGCUGCUCCGUCUGUGUAUGAGAAACACUUCUACUGGGUCUUUUAUAUGACCGCGGUACAACGUACCGUUCUGCAAGGCGGUGAAGAUGGUUCCAUGUUCAUCGCACUUUAUGACCGUUUUCCCCAAGCAAAGCAGCACACGCAGCAAAGCGGUCCGGUACCGGUUUGUAAACCAUUUUUGUUUCUCUCUCGUUCAGUUUAUUUUUACGUGUUUGCCAACCACGUACAGUUCAUCCUCACUGACCGGACUAAUAGGGGAGGAGAGUCCGGUCAUGUGAUUGACCGCUAAUUCCAAUGUGACACACGUGAUUUUUUUUAACUGCUUAUCUUAAUGGGAAGGAGGAGACUGGUGGAGGAAUAAUGGCUAUUCUCUCCAGCUGAACAAAAUGUACAUAUUGGAAAUUGUAUGCUGGCAAGUCACUUUAAAUAUUUAAAUAAAGAUUUUUUAAAACAACUGGGGUUUCAUUUCACCAACGAACCAACCAUUCAUAGAUGUUUAGGACACUUCCUGACUAAAUCUGCAUUUCAAAAAAAUUUUUUUUUAAAUGUUUUCUGUUUUAUGUUUCAUUUUAGGGGUUAAAACCUCAUGCAAGGAAAUCACUCGCUAUACUACGGUGAUUUUUGGUCAUUUGUGUUCACUUCGCCAUCGUGAAGCACUGGACUGUGCGGCCACUCCAAUAUCCGGUCACAUGGGGAUGAACUGUGUGUUUCAAAAUUGUGGCUUUGAGAAAAAUGGCAAACUCAGCCAAGCCCAGUGUGCUGCUGUAUAGAAUGAAGGCACACAAAUACAUCUGCUUCCAACUGGGACGAUGUACAGAGAUUAAAACAAUCGCUAGGGAGAAUUUUUUUUGUUUGCCAUGUCCUUAAACACCUACUGAAAGCAAAGUCUAAAGUGUGUGUUUAGUCACGGUGCCUUAUUUGUAAAAACAUAAUUUAUUUUUCAUGGACUCCGGCAGCUUCGAUCUUAAAAAAAAAAAAAAAAGAAACAAAAAAAAAAACUAAGCAUCACUUAGAUUCAGAAACAACCUCAUUACCUGGUUUUUCUUUAAUGAUAACAAUUCCUCAAAGGAGUUCCAUGCCUCUGUCCAAAAAUUACCAGUUGAAUUUCCAGAUAUAUGUAAUAAUUUGUGCUUGUAUAUGAUUAAUAUGUAUUUAUGACUAAUGAGUAGGGUUGUAAUCUUUUUCCGGUUGAAGAAUAAUUUACAGGACUGGCUGUUGUAACCUCACCCUCUGAUAUAUUUUGGAGCAGAAGUUUGGAGUUUUCACUUUAAGUAUUUUCUUUUUUUUCUCAGUAAUUUCUGGCAUGUCAAUAACCUUUAUUUUAAAUUUUUUUUUAACUGUUCGGUUCUGGCACUGUAUCUUUGACAGCUUGAAUGUUCCUCGUAGGCCUGAGUUUCAUUUCAGUAUGGUCAGUGGCAACUGUCGUGUCCGCUGUUGUAGAACUGUUACUUGGCAUCUUAGUCUCGGUAUUUCUGUGUUUCUUGUACCAAAAGCGUUCGAUUCUCCACGUGUAUGUGACCCCCCCCCCCCACGGUUCUCCUCUUUUUCUUUGUUUAAAUGAUGCGCCUGUAUUUCAAAGACACCACAGGUGAGAUGGACUUCGGGGGCGGAGCUUCCACCGUUUGAGGUGAGGCCUGCAGGUGAGACACCCCUCACUGACCUUCUGCCCCGAAGAAGACAGAGGGCACAUCGUGGCGCAAAUGUUUGUGC